CACUUGCCAGGAUCUAGGAGACAGUCGGUAGAGAGUCAGGGGUGACGCCGUACUGUUUGAAGUUAGUUUCCAUGCACCUUCCAUGUAGUGAUAUUUCCGUCUCUUGGCUGGACCACGUAGAAGCAUGGCAGGGAACGGCGAUCAGGCAGACGUCCUUCGUGUUCUGGAGUUUUACAGCGGAGUUGGAGGAAUGCAUUUUGCAGCAAAAGCCAGUGGAUUUGCUACCACAGUCGUCAGUGCAUUUGACAUUAACACGUUGGCCAACUCGGUCUACCAGCAUAACUUCUGCAAAACACCGGUUUCCUCCAGGAACAUAGAGAGCCUGUCAGCGGAAGAAUUGGACGCGUUCAAGGCCGACGCGUUCCUCAUGUCGCCGCCGUGCCAACCCUAUACCAGACAAGGCCUGCAAGCUGGCAGCACCGAUCCAAGGUCUCAGAGCUUCCUAGCUUUGCUCGAUGCCCUACCCAAGCUCAAACACCCGCCACGUUUCCUACUGAUCGAGAACGUGAAAGGCUUUGACACAUCUGAGACCAGGGACGAGACGAUUCGAAUCCUGGAGUCCUGUGCAUACAACGUCGAGGAAUACCUGCUAUCGCCCAUUCAGUGCGGAGUACCCAACUCUAGACUGCGCUACUAUCUUCUAGCAAGCCGCAACGUGACCAGUGAUAGCAGCAAUAGCUGUGAUGCACCCAGGCGUGCAGCGUGGCCUCCUGUUCAUACAAUACGCAGUGAGCUGCCACCGCUACGGAGCGUGCCGAUGACGUCACCUCUGCUACGAGAGGCAUGGCUGUCGACUGCAGGCAAUGGCGCAGCACAAUCCGGCGGUGAUCCCGGAGCUUCGCAUACACCACCUGCCAUCAGCACAGCUGCAGCCGCAACUACAUCAUCCAUACCUACACCUGUGUCCACCAAAGCUGAUUGUGCAAGGAGAGGCACUCUUCAGGAUGGCUCAACCGCGGCAUGCGCAUCUCCAUCCUCUCCUGAUGAACCCGACGCGAAACGACCGUGCCAAGCUGAACAAUCUUGUUCCCGGGGAGCAGCCAUGAAGAAUACGGCCACAUCUGGAAGUGCCUCAAGCUGGUGUGAGUGUGGAAGUCAAUUUGCUCCCGAAGCACCUGUUCUGGCGAGGGUGAGAUCUGUGCAAGACUUCUUAGAACAUGGUAUGGCGGAAGGCGAGAUCAAGAAGCUACUACUGCCGGAUAGCACGCUGUCGCAGUAUCGCAAAGUUCUCGACGUUGUCAGUCCUUCCUGUAACCACUCUUGCUGCUUUACGAAAAACUAUGGCCGCUAUCUGCGCGGAACCGGCUCAGUCUUGAAUUGUGCCCGACCGGUUUCAGUGUCACCCGUGGAUUCAAAUUCAACGUCACCACGACCACAUCAAGCUGAAGAGAAUCUUCGCUACUUCUCGCCGCAGGAGGUGUCGAACUUAAUGUGUUUUCCCGCAUCUUUCGCUUUCCCUGAUGAGGUGACGACCAAGCAGCGCUAUCGCUGCCUGGGCAACAGUCUGAAUGUUUUGGUCGUGGCGUGGUUGCUGCAGUAUUUGUUUGAUGGGAGUCUGGUGGCCGCCUAAGCUGCUGGCCUGUGCUCUUGCCAUUGGAGCAGCCGCGAUCUGGCGUUUCUUUGCACGGCCAACUUGAGCUUGAGCGAUGAUCAGUGACGGAUGGUGCAGAGCAUCCUUAUUAGCCGACCGGGCCAUGUGCGAGCAGAUGGGCAGUCAAGGUGUCAGGAGUCGUAGCUGUCGCUGCUACUUCUACAUGCACAUUCUAGCUAAACGUGGGCGCUCCCGGUGAAAGAGACCUGACGGAUAUUUCUGCCCUACAUGUGCGGUGUAACUGGCAACUUCGAAAAAUUCCAAAAGCAGGUGCUUCUCUUCUGCAGUGGUCGGCUGGCCAGUGUGGCAAGGGUGAGCUCUUCAGCUCUGCAAACACGCGCCUGUCAUUGCUUAGCUCCUACCUCAACUUCUUUCUCUCUCGUGGGAGAGUCUCGUAUAGCUCUUGGCCAUCAAUGGUGUGACUCCCUGGGCCGGGGGCCUGCGAACACCCCGCCAUACUCCUGGUGUCCUGCGGUUUUAUUUAUUUUUCUAUCAUUUGUACAUAGUUGUAACUUGUGCGUCCGUCCAGUACUCUGGCAACCAUCAAGAAAAGAAUAGCGUACAACCUGUGGUCAUAGAUUUUAACAGCAUGAUUGCUGAUCAAUAAUAAUUAUUGAGGAUCUUUUGCCAAAGAGGAUAACCUGAUAACUGAAUGAUCGCAACAUAUUUUGAUUCUUGAACUUCACGCAGUCAACAAUAUCAUACCGAUCAUGCCCCGAUGGUACGCGUGCUUAUACUAAGUCUUAGUUAUCAAAUGAAACAAACGAAGAAGAAAAAAAGGUCUCAUUUUA